AUGCUGACGGAGAUGACUGUACUGCAAAUUGCAAGUAGCCGGCGCACGAAACGCGAAUGGAUGUUUGGCCAUUGGGGGCCACCCGACGAAAGCGGCAAUACGCAAUAUGGGAGCGAUGCGGCCGUUUUGUUUGAUUCAGAUUUCAAUGAUUUUUGCUGCACCUGCAAUCAGGGUGCUGCAGGGCCUGCCGGUGCAGAAGGAGAUCCUGGUGACGACGGAGAGGAUGGGAAGAGCGGGCAAGAUGGGAAUAACGGUGCUGAUGGACAAACAAAGCCAGCCGCACAUGUCGAAGCCUGUCUUAUAUGUCCUCCGGGGCGUCCUGGUGCACCUGGAAAUAUGGGACCAAAAGGACCACCUGGACCAAAAGGGUCGCCUGGAGAUGCACCUAAGGAUGGCGUCAACGGCGAAAUGGGCACGUCAGGACAGCCAGGAGCAACUGGAAGACCCGGAAGAACAGGGCUGCCAGGGACGAGGGGAUCACCAGGCCGCAUUGUAUAUACGGUCGGUCCACAAGGGCCACCAGGUCCGCAGGGUCCACAGGGACCACCAGGUCCGAAGGGAAUGCCAGGACCAGACGGACAGUCUUUUGCAGGACCUCCUGGCCUUCCUGGAGAACCAGGACAAACAGGACCCGAAGGACAACUGGGCAAGGCGGGUCCGCAAGGAGCGUCUGGUGAACCAGGAGAACGUGGUACAUGCAAGCACUGCCCAUGUAAGUUCCAUUCACAAAUUUAUUAA